CGCGCCCCACCCUGCCGCAAACCGAGGAAGUUUGGGCGUCACCGCUCGCCGUAGGCCCCAGCGAGGAAGAGCGGCGGCCCUCUGCUCCUCGCUGCGGCGCCCGGAGCAGGCGGGGCAAUGGCGGCCGUCCCCGGCCCGGCGCGGAGCCGCUUCGCGGUGGUGGGCGGAGGCAUCGCGGGAGUCACCUGCGCCGAGAAGCUGGCUGUGGAAUUCCCAUCAGAAGACAUUUUUUUAGUGACAGCUUCUCCAGUUAUAAAAGCUGUAACAAAUUUCAAACAGAUCUCCAAAACGCUUGAGGAAUUUGAUGUAGAAGAGCAACCAAGUUCCUUAUUAGAAAGACGAUAUACCAAUAUUAAAGUUAUACAGUCUGGAGUAAAACAGUUGAAGAGUGAUGAGCAUAAAAUUUUCACUGAAGAUGGGAAAGAGUAUAUGUAUGAAAAACUUUGCCUAUGUGCUGGAGCAAUACCAAAAUUAAUUUUUGAAGGAAAUCCAUAUGUAUUAGGAAUCCGGGAUACUGACAGUGCACAGGCUUUUCAGAAGCAUUUGGCCCAAGCUCAGAGAAUAGUGGUGGUAGGAAAUGGUGGAAUUGCACUUGAAUUAGUGUAUGAAAUUGAAGGCUGUGAAGUAAUCUGGGCUAUCAAAGACAAAGCCAUUGGGAACACCUUUUUUGAUGCAGGAGCAGCUGAAUUUCUUAUUCCAAAGCUAACUGCUGAAAAACGGGAGACUCCAAUUGAAUGUAAAAGAACCAAGUAUACAAUGGAAGGAAGUGAGAAAAAAGAAAGACCUGUAGCAGUAUCUGACAAAGUGGGCAGUGCCUUAGGCCCCGACUGGCAUGAGGGCUUAAAUCUUAAAGGGACUAAAGAGUUUUCUCAUAAAGUACAUAUUGAAAAACUAUGUGAAGUAAAGAAAAUACACUUACAGCAAGAAUUUUUACAACUGCAACAGAUGUCUUUGGCUUUUCCUAAAGAAGAGAAGAACGUAGAACCAGAUGAGGUGCUAUGGCCUGUAUAUGUGGAAUUAACUAAUGGAAAAAUUUACGGAUGCGAUUUCAUUGUCAGUGCAACUGGUGUUGUGCCAAAUGUCAAACCAUUUCUUGAUGGCAAUAAUUUUGCUAUAGGUGAAGAUGGAGGUCUUAAAGUAGAUAAACACAUGCAAACGUCCCUGCCAGAUAUCUAUGCAGCUGGGGAUAUCUGCACAGCGUCGUGGGAACCUAGUCCAGUGUGGCAUCAGAUGAGACUGUGGACUCAAGCUAGGCAGAUGGGAUGGUAUGCAGCAAAAUGCAUGGCAGCAGAUGCUUUAGGGGAAUCUAUUGAUCUGGAUUUCAGCUUCGAACUGUUUGCUCAUGUAACAAAAUUUUUCAAUUACAAGGUGGUGGUUUUGGGAAAAUACAAUGCUCAAGGCUUGGGUUUAGACCAUGAACUAAUGCUGAGAUGUACUAAGGGACAAGAGUAUGUUAAAGUGGUGAUGCAGAAUGGACGAAUGAUGGGCGCUGUGCUGAUCGGUGAAACAGACUUGGAAGAAACGUUUGAAAACUUGAUUUUAAAUCAAAUGGAUCUUUCAGCCUAUGGUGAAGAUCUCCUGAAUCCAGAUAUUGAUAUAGAAGAUUAUUUUGAUUGAAUGAAAACCCAUUUCCAUUUUGUAUAACAUUUUGACACUGAUUAAUGGCUGAUAAAACUGUUUCCUUGGGAUUACCAGAAAUCAGGGAUAAGUGCAAUUCCUUAUUAGGAUUUUGUGUUAGUACUACCCUAAUUUGCUUUUCAGUAAAUUGGCAAUCUGUGUACAAGCACAGGAACAAAGGCACGUGAAUUAGUAUUGACAGUGAAUUUUGAUAUAUGUUAGACGAGAACAUCAGAACAACACUCCUAAAAAGCAAGCUUUGCUAUGCUGUUAAGAUAGCACUGCAUUUACCUGAAUGCAGGGUAGCCUUCACCGUUGAAAAGAACUUAAACAAAACUCUAUGUGAUACAUGUUAAAUCCAGUGCAUUCUUGCUUGGGGAAGAAUUACCUACGUGUAUAAUGUGCUACCAUCCAUUCCACUAGCAUCCUUCCACUGCUCAAACCUUUGAGUACUUGCUGAAGGUUUCAAGUCUCUUCUUACAGCUGAUUACACUGUCUCUUGCAAGCUGGCAAAUCUUUACGGCACAGGGCACUCAGAGCUCUUGCCACCUGGAAUGUGGUUUACAAAUAUACAGCAAGCUGUAUAAUUUUUUUUCCUUUUUUCCAUAACUUAAUUUCUAAAAGACAAGUAUUUUCUACUCAGAUAAAUGCAGAACACAAUCUUUGAACUAUGAAAGCUAGGAUGAAGUGUCCUUGAGAUGUUAAUUGAGAGCAGUAUUUAUUUUUUUUUAAACUGUUUGUCACUUCAGCUCUCUAGGUAUUGGUUGUAAAGCUGCACCAGUGCAUCUUGUGUGAUUUUCAACUGGACCACUGCAGGGGUUCACUCCAAGGAAAGGUUAACACUGUACCACUGGUGGCUGUCACCUGCCUUCAGUGACUGAACUUCCUCCACAUUGUCAGAAUCCUGUGGAGCAGGCUGCUGCAUCCAGCUUAUUUGGCAGACUUCUAAAUGCUGGAAAGCCUAGCUACAGGAGCAUGACCCUAAGUGCAAAGUUGAUAGGGAUGAUAGAUUUAGGUUUAAACUGGGAACAAUUCAUUGUAUGAAGUUGGUGGUACAUGUUGGGAUUUUUCCCAGAAAAAUCACUAAAAUUAUUUAGAAGAGAAUGACUGUUUAAUUAAAUUAAUUAAUUCCCUUUUUGGCAAAGGAUUUAAUUAAAUGAUAGGUGAAACUCUUAAGCUUCAGUCAAAAGAUUAUACCAGAAAAAUAAAGAUGAAGAGUUUAUUUUAAUUAUCUGAGAUGUUUUUUUUUGUUUUAAAAUAUGUAAGUUGAUACACAUCUGUAUGCCUGAAUGUAUCCAAAAUGAAACCAACUAGACAAUCAGAACCUAAGUUUAUAAUGAGUUUGACUUUAGCUUAUUGAUCACUGGCUGCUAAAAUCUUAAAAAAAAUAAAUAAAAAUCUAGCAAAUA